GCCUCUCGGAGCAGGGGCAGGGAGGUGGUGUCCGGGCCGAGGAGGGGGGCAGACCGGGCGGACACAGGACGAGGAGGAGGACGAGGAGGAGGAGGCUCUCAGAUCGGGCUCAGGGCGCAGCGGGUGACUUUCACCUCAGAUCGAUUCUGUUUUCACUCUGAGGAAGAUCCGCGGUGUCGAUCCUGUGGCGACGCGCAGCCUCGCAUUCGUGCUGCUGAGCUCGGUGUUCAUCUGUUAAUCUAGUGGAGUCAGGAUGGAGUCUCACAGACUCAGCGGCUCCCCAGACGUUAGGAUACAGAGAAGCUACAUCCAGCAACAGGACAACUUGUUCGGCGUGAGAGUGCGGGUUCAAGGGGUUAAAGGUCAACCUUACGUAGUUCUGAACAGCUCUAGCCAGGAGAGCCACAGGGACAUCUCUGUUAUCACUCACCAGGCCGGGUACAACCCGGGUACGGUGAGGAGGUGUGUGGAUGAGAGACACUCUCCAGCUGAGACACAGAGAAGCGCCGUCUCCUCUGGGUUUCAUUAUCAGAAACACCCAGAGAUCUUGAGACCUUAUGACCCUGAAAGUAAUAACCUGCACCUCGUCCUUCCUUCACAAAAGGCCUCGGUCGCCCAACCUGGACUUCUUCCCGAGAAGACCCAGACCGCUAACAUGCCCAAACCCAGGAUCCCUCUCCCAGCUGAGGGCCCAGGCAGGGGGGACCAGGUGGAAGUGGCCCCGGACAAGGCGCCUUCUGCGGCCGGACACAUCCCCGCGAGGUGCCCACACUAUGUGGACACAGACGCCAUUAUAUCUGUGGGGAAGCUAAUAAGCCAGUUCAACAGCAGCCAGCGGAGGGGAAGGGGCGUCCCGAGGAACAGGCUGGACCCAGAGCAGUGUCGGAGGUCACGCAGCGUGGACAGCAGUCGUACCUCAGACUCCUCCUCGUCCUCCUCUUCCUCCAGCAGACCCUCGUCCCUGAAGAGCAUCAGGGGGGAGACCCUAGGUGGGAUUUAUCUCUCCGGGUCUUUGGCGAACCAAAGGGAGGAGCCCGGCACACUGCUCAGAGGACAUCACGGACAAGAGACUGUAUCUCCGCAUGCUGCAAAACUGCUCCACAGGACACAGAAACCCUCCAUCUCCAGAUCGUGCAGUGACCAGACUGACGAGUCUGAUGAAAGAGAUACUCAGGUCACUCCUGAUCUUCUGAAAGGACAGCAAGAACUCUCAGUGGACUCAACUGAAGACACGGCAAAACAAAUGCUGUUCGCCUACCUCAAGGACGGGACAACUGAUGAUGACUCCACCACUGAGAGGAAAGUCAACCUGCUGCUCGAAAGGAUCAACAAGCUCAAGUGGAGGACUUCUAAGAAUGUGGAGGAGGAGGAGAAAGAUUAUGCAGCAGAGGUGAAGCAGAUGCAGGAGAAACAGACAUUGCUGGAGAGAGAAGCGUCAGAGUUAAAGCAAAAACUGGAAACCGAAAUGAAGAACGAGAAGACUCUAGCCAAGGCCUGCGAGAAGGCCAGGACCGAGAAGGCGAAACUUCAGGGAGAGUUGACCAAAAGUCAGGCAGAGCUCGGCAAACUGAGGCACAGACUGGCUGAAAUCGAGGGGGAUCUUCAGUCUGCCAGACAGGAACUGAGUCAGAUGAAGGCAGAGAGGGAACGAUCUAGGACGGAGAUGAAAGACCUUCAGCAGCAGCUCUCUGAGAUGCACGACGAGCUGGACCAAGCCAAAAGGGCAGAGGUGACGAAUACGGAGAAAGAAGUCCUCCUGAAGGAUUUGGCGCAGCUGCGUGUGGACUUCCAGGAGAUGCUCCAGGUGAAGGAGGAGCAGGAGGAGGUGCUGCACCGCCUGGAGACGGAGCUCAGUGACCUGAAGGGGGCGCUCAAAGAAGAGGUGGAAACGCACGACAAAUACAUUGCCGCUCUGAAGGAUGAAUAUGAGGUGGAGCUCGAGAAGCUGCUCAGGGAUUUGGAGCUGUCUAAAGAGAGCAACGGCCUGCUGUGUCAAGAGAGGGUUGAGGCAGAGGAGGAGAACGGCGUCGCCAAGGUGCAGCUGAAGGAGCUGAGCCAAGAGCGAGACCAGCUGAGAGGGAAGGUGCAAGAGCUCAACAAGAGAGUGGAUCAGCUGAGCCAGGCGACCCAGGAGGCUCGGACCACGGAGAGGCUGCUGGAGCAGAGAGCCAAGCAGCUGGAGAGAGAAAAGCAGCAGGUCGAGGAAAUGCUGAAGGAUGUGAGGAGGAAUGAGGAGGAGAUGUGUCAGUCCAACCAGUCACUGCUCACUCGGUUGGAGGACGUGCAGAGCAAGACGACCAAACUCAAUCACGAGCACAGGGAGCUGAAGGAGAAGCUCAAGGAGGAGAGGAAACAAAUGGAGGAGCUGUGGAGGACGAAGACUGAACUGGAGGAUGAAAGGAGGCUGCAGGACCGCGCCGUGGAGCAACUGCAGAGGAAGAUGAAUAACAUCAUGGAGGAGUGCGAGGCGUCUACGGACGUGCUUCAGAACCAGGUCGACGAGGCCAGAGAAAAGAGUCAGAGGGAGUUGGCCGAGUUGCGCAGGCAGCUGCAGGAAAAGGGAGCAGAGCUGGAGAGAUCCCGACACAUGGCCAAGAAACUGCAGGAAGAGAUCCUUCCUCUGGAGGAGGACCUGCAGCGGUGCCGCCGGGAGCAGCAGGAGGCCCAGCUGCGGGGCCAGCAGCUGGAGCAGAGGGUGGAGGAGCUGGAGGAGAGGAGCGCAGCCACAGCGGAGGAGAGGGAGCGGCAGGUCAAACUCAUGGAGGGACGAAUCAGUCACCUCGUAGAAGAUCUUAAUGAUGAGCGCAGCGGUGCCGACCGGCUGAUGGGGCGAUUGGACAAGACCAAAGAGCAGAUGGAUCAGAUGAGGAGCGAGCUGACGCAGGAGAGAGCGGUCAGACAGGACCUGGAGUGUGACAAGACGAGUCUGGAGAGACAGAAUAAAGACCUGAAGAGCAGAGUGACUCAUUUGGAAGGAUCAACCAGGACCAACCAGGACUCACAAGUCACCAAACUAAGCAGCCGCAUCCAGGAACUGGAGGAGAAGCUGCAAGGAGAAGAACAGGACAACAACAGCCUUCAACAAGCCAACCGCAGGCUGGAGCGCAAAGUGAAGGAGAUGAAGAUGCAGGCGGACGAGGAACACAUCAACCUGCAGAGCCAGAGUGACCAGCUGACUCAGAGGCUGAAGACGGCGAAGAGGCAGAUGGAUGAGGCGGAGGAGGAGAUCGAGCGUCUGGAGCACAGCAAGAAGAAGCUGCAGAGAGAACUGGACGAGCAGAUCGAGGCCAACGAGCAGCUUCACGGCCAACUGGGCACUUUGAGGAAUGAGAUGAGGCGCAAGAAGAAAUCCCCUCCCGUCAUUAAAGUCGUGGAGGACGACGUGAACGACGUGGACGACUUCGGCUCCGACUGAUUGACUAUUUUAACACUUCUGCUUUUUGAUAACUCAGGUGUGAUUUCAUAAUGUUUUCCGGUCGCGAGCAGCGCGACAUGCUUGCCGAGGCUGACCUCUUGUGGUGAUGUGUGUAACUACGAUGUCUGACAAACUGGUGUUUUUCAAUGUGACAGAACUGAGAUGUAUUUACUCAAACAGAUUCAAUUGGGGAUCAAUUCCAUCACCGUGUGAGUUAAUAUGGUGUAAACUGCCACGCUUUAAACUGAUGAAAUAAAUGUCUUCCCAUGUC